AUGACCACCCUAACAACCAAAGUCCUUCAAGUCACCGGCAUCACGACCUCCCUCCUCUCCGCCGGCGCGCUCCUCGCCUUCAACUUCUUCGACAUACCGAUCCUCAAAUCACAGCCCGCUUCUCGCUCUCUCCCGUCAGUCCGCUGGUUCUUCAGCCGUGGCUCGCACAUCUUCCCGCAAGCAGCGCUGGUCUCCAGCGGCGCGUUCCUAUGCCUUGCUUACACAGCUCAACCCGCUCAAAGCAGCGGACUGACAAUAGCGCAGCUGUUGAAGCACGGCCGCGUCUCAGGCUAUCUUGCGGCAGCAGCACUCGCAUUUGCAAUUGCGCCGUUCACAGCUUUCGCAAUGGUCCCACAUCCGAACUUCGAUAUCAUUCAGCUCAACAAGGACCUUGGAGGCGCAGCGAGUCAGAAGCAGAGGAAGUUGCAGCAGCGGCAAGGAGUGUCGGAUGAGCAGCUCAAGAACUCUGGUGGCCCACCGGAUGUAGAUGGAGACUAUCAGCUUUCCGAAUUCAAGGAUAUGAGCGGGCCGAUGGAGAAGACGGAGCGGGAGUCAACGCCGGAGCAGGAUCAGAAAGCGAGGACACUGCUCGAGGACUUUAGGAAGCUGAACAUGGUGAGGGCGUUGUUGAUGCUCGGGAGCGGUGUUGUUGGACUGGUCGUUGCGGCUGCGUGA